UCUAUUUUCUACGGCUAUUUUUAUUAUUGUUGUCAUUGGUAAACACCACACAUCUGCCUACCCAGAACGUCUCCCCAUUGGUUUACCGGCUUGUCUGUCGCAGUACUUCCGUCCGUUUGGCCGGUUUUGAUUGGCCGAUCCUCCUCUUUUUUUUCCUCUUCUUCGCGGCGGUGGGUCGGAGCCGCUGUGUCCCCGGUCUGGCACGUUCCUAGCCAAAUUCUCCACGGUGUAAAAUUGGAUUCCCCCUUUUUCACAAAAACAAAAAAUAACCCCCUUUCAAUUCCCUGUAACCGCUUAUACGUUUCCGCUCAACACACACCUCCAAAUCUCCACCAGAUACCUCUGAAGAUGGCGGUGGUAAGCGGGAUGUCGGGGUUGGCUGUAGCCCGGCUGGAGGGCCGAGAAUUUGAGUAUCUGAUGAAGAAAAGGUCGGUGACCAUCGGCCGGAACUCCUCGCAGGGUUCGGUGGACGUAAGCAUGGGACACUCCAGCUUCAUCUCCCGGCGGCACCUCGAGAUAUUCACUGCGGGAGAAGAUGGCACCGGCACGGGGGAAUUCUAUCUCCGAUGCCUCGGAAAAAACGGGGUGUUUGUUGAUGGGGUGUUCCAGAGAAGAGGGGCGCCACCUCUUCAGCUCCCACGAAUGUGUUGUUUCCGGUUCCCCAGCACAAGUAUAAAGAUCACGUUCACAGCCCUGUCCAAUGACAAGAAGGAGCCAAGGAACGUGCCGGAAUCACCGGUCAAGCCCGUCCAACCCCAAAUUUCCCCACUGACCAUCAACAUUCCAGACAACAUCGCCCACCUCAUGAGCCCACUGCCUUCACCCACUGGCACCAUCAGUGCGGCAAACUCUUGUCCAUCAAGUCCGCGGGGGGCGGGACUCUCCAGCUACAGGACAAGCCGUGUUCUGGCCUCCGACCUAAUAGGAGACAACUCUCAAUCUGAAAACGAUAAAGAGGCCUCAGGUGAAGAUAGCCCAAAGGAUGACUCCAAACCUCCGUAUUCAUAUGCACAACUAAUAGUCCAAGCUAUCACCAUGGCCCCAGAUAAGCAGCUCACCCUGAAUGGAAUAUACACCCACAUCACCAAGAACUACCCCUACUACAGAACAGCUGAUAAAGGCUGGCAGAACUCAAUCCGCCACAACCUGUCCCUGAAUCGGUACUUCAUCAAAGUGGCCCGCUCUCAGGAGGAGCCAGGCAAAGGCUCCUUUUGGAGGAUCGACCCCGCCUCUGAGGGCAAGCUGAUAGAACAAGCCUUCAGGAAGCGCAGGCCGAGGGGAGUGCCCUGCUUUAGGACCCCAGUGGGACCUCUCUCCUCCAGGAGCGCUCCAGCUUCUCCCAGCCACACAGGGGCACUGUCUGCCCACUCCAGUGGGGUCCAAACCCCAGACAGCCUGUCCAGAGAGGGGUCCCCUGUCCCCAUGGAGCCAGAGCCAACCCCACCACCAGCCCCCACCCAAACCACUACAGUCCAGCCCAAACUCGCUGUCAUCCAAGAGGCCCGCUUUGCACAGAACUCCCCUGGCUCCCCCCUCAACAACCAGCCAGUAUUGAUUGCUGUGCAGCGCCAAAUGCCUCAAACGACCAUGAAGCCUGUGACCUACGCCAUGGCGUCGCCAGCCAUUGUAACAACGUCCGUUAGCUCCGCCCCUGUCAUGCAGACGGUGCACGUCGUCCACCAGAUCCCAGCAGUCACCAUGGCAACUGUUGCCGGACAGCCGACUGCUACAGUGAGCCCAGAACCUCAGGAGAAUGGAGGGGGAGAGCACCAAGAGAUCAAACUCAAAGUGGAGUCGGUCCCGUCCAUCACAGCCGCGUCUAUAGGUGGAGUCAGCCGCAUCAUCCAGAGCUCUCAGGCUGCUCCUCUGACGACAGUAACCAUUGUGCAACAAGCCCCGCUCGGUCAGCACCAGCUUCCAAUAAAGGCCAUCACACAGAACGGGACACAUCUGGUCCCCAUCAGCACUGCUGCUAGCACAGCUGCUGCAAAUCCUCUUCACCUCCUGGCGGCCCACGCCUCAGCUUCAGCGUCCCUGCCUACCAAGAGGCAGAACGGAGAACUGCAAGACCAGCCCCAAUCAAAGAGAGUGAAAACGGACGAGGAAGAGGAAGGUGAAGCAGCAACUGCCAACAACACCACCACCACCACCAAUAACGGCACCACGGACAGAGCCGGAGAAGAAGGGGUCAGUGAACAGAUCGGUGACAAGUAGCCUCCCUCCCCGGUCUGCAUCCUGACCCCUGCUCUCCUGUACGCAUUGAGCCUCACACCUUCCACACUCUCACCCCCUCCAUCAUCUACUCCAAGGUGCCAAAA